AUGAACCCCGAUGCGAGUUUGAUUACUGCGCUCGUAGAGCGGUGGCGACCCGAGACGUCGACCUUCCAUCUACCGUGUGGUGAGAUCACAUUCACGUUAGAGGACGUUGUUACACUGUCCGGUUUGGCGAUCGACGGUGAUGCCGUCGUAGUUGAUAUACCGGAUGAGGAUUAG